AUGUCCGAUCCCACCGCCGAAGCCGUCCCUCCCCCACCAACAACCUCAACCCAAAACCCCGACGCACAAGGCCAAUUCUCCGCCGCCGUGGACGAUCUCCUCGACCAGCUACAACAUAAAUUCGAUGGUGUUUCGAGAGAGAUGUUUGGGAAGUUGGACGAUAUGGCUAGACGGUUGGAUGAGUUAGAGGCUUCGUUUACGGUUGUGGAUGGGACCACUACGACGUCCGGGGGUGGUAGUGGUGGUGCUGCGUCGCAGACAGGGACGGGGACGGGGACAGGGUCUGGGUCCGUGGUUGGGAGUGCAGUUGGGAGUGGGAGUCCUGAGAAGUGA